AUGGAUACAGGAAAAUUGAAUGAACCAAAAGAAUUAAUUGAAAUAAAUAAAAUAAAUAAUAUUUUUUCAUAUCCCUUUUCUUUUUUUAACUUUAUAAAUCAUCACAAUUUUGUUUUACAUAUAUUUCGUGUGAUGCAUAUAUCAUCAUAUAGUAUAAUGGACCUCAAUGAUGACAAAUAUGAUGAAAGGCAAAUAAUAGACACAAAAAGAAUUAUAUACAACAAAUAUAUGAUGAGGGUAAAACAAAAUAUAUACAACUGCAAAAUGAAAAAAGAAGGAUUAAAAUAUAUUCCUAAUAAUAAUAUAUGUUCUUUAUUAUAUACUGGUGGCCAUAUAAAAAUCUCUGUUCUGUUAAAAAGAAAAAAUAUUUUUACAAUUAAUAAAUAUUUUAAUAAUAUAAUAAAUAUUAUGAAGAAAAAAGGAUAUAAUGAAGAAAAUGUCAAAUGGUGUAUUAUUAUAUGUGGCAAUGAAAAUUUCAAAAAAUAUAUAUUUUACAAACAAUUAGAAAAUGUAAUAUAUAAAAAAAUAUGUAACUAUAAAAAUAUGAAAAAUGAACGACUUAUUAUGUUAUUUAAAAAUCAGCAUAUAGUAGAUAAUAAUAUAGAAUUAUAUAUUUAUUAUUAUAAAAUUAUAUUCUUAUUAUUAUUAAUAUUAGAACACUGGAAUAUUUUAUACUUACAAUUUUGUAUGUUUGUAUAUAAAUAUAUAAAUAUAUACAUAAGUAUGUUUCAUUACACAUCAUUUUUGAUGUAUCAUUAUUUUGAUGAAAUGAAAUUGAAUAAUCUUAUUAAAAGAUUAUAUCAAAAUUUAAUAUCAUUUAAUAAUUUUAUUUUUUUUGAUAAUGAAUAUAAUUAUGAGAUAAAUGAUGAAAAAAAAUAUUUGUCCAUAUUAUAUAUAUUGAUAAUAAAUACUCAUAUUUAUAGAAAAGGAGAAUUAAAUAAUAUUAACAAAAUAAAUAAUUUAUUUUUACAUUUUUUACAAUAUAAAAAAAUUGCCAUAAAAGCAUAUAGAGUGAACCAACUAAAAUCAUAUAAAAUGACUUACAAAAUAGAUAAUAUAUUAUUAUAUAUUUCUCUCAUUAUAAUUUCUCAUUAUGUUACUAUUCUUAAUCUUAAUACUAUUGAAUUGUUCAUAAUCCAUAUACAUUUAUGUAUAAAAAAAUAUUUGAAUCAAAAUGAAUUAACCUCAGAAAAUGUAAUAAUACCAUUUUAUAUUGUAUGUAUGGAAAAAAAAAGAGGAAUAUCAAAAUUACAUGAGUCCUAUAAGAAUUUAAUAAUUUAUCUAAAUUAUAAUUAUAUAUUUAUUCUUUUUGUAAAUGCAUCAAAUUACAAAAACUGCAAUAGUAAUCAUCUUUUCUUUGUGAAUAAAAAAACAUCCUCAACGUUUAAUACAAAUUAUGAUAUUUCAAUAAGAACUCAUAAUGAUUUUAUAUACAACGCUUUAUCAUUUCAUGGAACAAAUAUGUUGCUAUGUAAAUAUAAAUCACAAGGAGAACAUAUUCAUAAUAAUAUAUUUAAUAAUAAUAAUUCAAAAUUAUAUGAAUCUUUUGUUUCUUUAUUGAAUAAACAAAAUUUCUCUUCCCUAUACAUGAACAAACUGUUAUAUUGGAGUGCACUAUUAAAAACAUUAUAUUUUAUAUGUAAUUCAAAAAAGUCUACCAUUUAUGUUACCUUUAAAUAUACAAAUACAUAUCAUCUUUCACCCGUAUUAUUGAUUGUUCAUAUAUUUUAUUAUAUUAUAAACCAUAAGAAAUAUUCACAGAAAUUAACAAAAUUUGAAAAGGAUCUCAUACACGCAACAUGUACACCUAUGUUAUAUAUUAUAUAUAAUUUUUUCUUAAUCAUAUUAAACCACAUAAAGGCAUUAGUAAAUUUUAUACUAUUAUGUAUAUAUCAUUUUUCUAUAUAUUCCAUACUUAUAUUGAUAAAAUAUAAAUUUUUUUCAUUUGCCAAUAUGAAGAAUAAAAACAAGAAUGAACGAAUAUCACUAGAGUAUUAUAAUAUAAAUGAAAUAGACAGAAAGAUGUUUUUAUUUAAUUAUGAAGAUAUAGAGAAAGGUAAAGAUUCUAUCAAUAAAUUACCCAUUCUUAACCAAGGGAAAAAACAAAAGAAAAAAAAUAUAAUAUCAUCUGUCAAAUAUAAUUAUGAACUGAAAAGUUAUAAUACUAAUAAUGAAAAGAAAAUACAUUCAUAUAAACAUUAUAUUAAAGGUAGGAAAUUGAAGAAUAUAAGUAUAUCUGAUCAAAAUGAUAAGGAUAAUAAUAAUAAAAUUAACGCAAAUUAUAUCAAUAAUGAAAAUGAUAUGUUAUAUAAGAGGUAUCAUAAUAUGAGUAAAUAUAAACAAUAUUGUAAUAAAGACACAUAUAUUAAAAAAGUUAUAGGAAAGAAGGGAGAAAAAUGUACAAAUAUAAAAGGUGAAAAAAGACCAUGUUAUAAUUUUAAUUAUAUGCCACCAUUGUUGUGGAUUUAUAAAAUAUUAAAUUAUGAAACUAAUUACAGAUAUAACAUUAUAAAACAUUCCCAUAUGUUUUGUAAGGCAAGAAUGUGUACAUCAGAUAAAACUAAUAAUUUAUCUUAUAGAAAUAAAAAAUCACAAAGUUAUUCAAACAAAAGGAAGAAUAAAAAAAGCAAAACCAAUGAUCGUGAUGAAAGGAAUAAAAAGGAAACAAAAAAAAAAGGUAAUAUUAGUGAGUCUGAUUUUGAUUUAGAAUCAGAUUCGGAUGAUGAAGAAGAGCAAGAUGAAGAUGAAGAUGAAGAGAAAGAUGAGGAAGAAGAUGAUGAAGAAAAUGAAAAGGAUGACCAGAAAGAAGGAAAGGAAGAAGAUGAUGAAGGAGACGACGAUUAUGAUGAUGAUGAUGUCUAUGAUAAUGACGACUAUGAUGAUGACGACUAUGAUGAUGACGAUGAUAAUGAUGAUGAUGAAGACGAUGAUGACGAUGAUGAUGAUGAUGAUGAUGAUGAUGAUGAUGAUGAUGAUGAUGAUGACGAUGAUGAUGAUGAUGAAGAAGAAGAUACCAGGGGAGAAACGGAUGACAAUAUAUGUGAAAAAGAAGAACUAGAAGAUGAUGAUGACACAUAUGAAUAUAGUGAUGAGGAUAGCACACAUAAAGAUAGCAAUAAAAAAAGGAGAAGGAAAAAACGAAAUAAUAAAAAAAGUAAAAGAAAGAGAAAGAGAAAAUGUAAAUAUGAUGAUUAUUAUGAUGAUAAUGAAAAUGAAGAUAUUAGAAAAGAAAAUGAAAAAGAAGAAGAAAGUUAUUACAAUAAGAAGAAAAUUUUAUAUCUGGAGAAAAAAAAUAAGAAAUUUAAACACAAUUAUAUAUAUUUAAAGAAUUUAUUUAAGGAAAAUAUAUGUAUUAAUACAUUAAAUGUUUCAAAUUUUAUAUCUGUUAGUAAGGACAAAUUAACAGCUACAUACACUGCUUGGGGAAAGCAUACGGAUAUAGCAUGUGUUCAAGUUAAUAAAUGUGCCUUAAGAGAUUGUAGUAUAUAUUAUUUUGAAGUGGAAGUAUUAAAUUGUAGCAACUUUUCUAAAAUAGUUAUUGGAAUGACAAACAAAAAUUAUACUAUUAAUAAGAAUCCGGGUUCUGAAUAUAAUUCAUUUGGUUAUAAAAAUGAUGAUGGAAAAAAAAUUAUUGAUGGAAAGAUUGAAAAUUAUUGUAAUGGAUAUACCAAAUAUGAUAUUAUUGGAUGUGGUAUUAAUUAUUUUGACAAUAGUGCAUUCUUUACAAAAAAUGGAAAAUAUUUAGGUAAGGCAUGUACCAUAAAUUUUAAAUAUGAUUAUUAUGCAACUGUUGGUUUAAGUACAUUAGGAGAUCGUAUUAAAUUUCAUUUAAACAAUUUCUGUUUUGAUAUUUAUAAUAUGAUAUAUGAAGAAAGUGAAAAAGAAAGAAAAAUAAUUAAAUCAAUAUAUGUACAAAAAGAUAUAUUUUCUGAUAUCAUUAAAUCUCAUUUGAUAAAAUGUGGUUAUUUUAACACGUACAAAUCUUUUAUGAAUUAUUUAGAAAAAAAUAAAUAUAUUGAUGACAAUAAUAGUACUGAAAGUUCUACGAAUCAUAACAAUGGAAUGGAUGGCAAUAUAUUUCCAAACAAAAGGAAUACAUCCAAUAAUUCACAAAAGAAAGUAGAGAAUUCUUCAAAUAAUAAAAAUGAGGAGGAAAAAAAUAAUAAGAAUAACAAAAAAGAAAUGAAAAAAGAAAAUGAAAAAGAAGAAAUGGAAAAUAAUAAUAAAAGUCCUGAAGGUAAUCAAGUAAAAAUCGAAAAAGAAGAAAAAAAAAAAAACAAAAGUGAUAUAAACAUUAACAUAAAAAAUAAUACUAUGAAAAAUGUAACAGAACAGAAUCCAUACAAAUCUGUUACUUCAGAACAAUUAGAUGUUACAGCAGAAGAAAAUGAAAAUAAAAAGAAAAAAGAUAGUGAACACGAAAAUAAUGAAAAAAAUAUAUUAAAUUCUAUUUUGAAAAAUUAUUUGAAUGUUUGUGAUAAAUUCGAUAAGAAUAAAAAGGUAGACGAAGAAAAAACUGAAACUAAUAAUGCAGUUAUGUUGAAUGAACCUGAUAAAAUUUCUAUAGUAAUGCCUCCAGGUAAUGAAAAAGAAAAAUGUCAUGAUAACAAAACAAUGGGAAUAGAAGGGGAUAACCAUAAGGAAUAUGUUAUAGAUGGAAAUGAAAAGCAUUUGGAAGAGGAGAAGUUAAAUAAAAAGGAAAUAAAUGAGGAGAAGGAAAAUUUUAAUAAGGAAGAAAAAGAGAAAAAAGACGUAGAUGAUGUAAAAUGUGUAAAAGAUAUGAAAGGUGUGGAAAAUGUGAAAGGUGUGGAAGAUGCAAAAGAUUUGAAAGAUGAGAAAGAUAUAAAAGAUGUGCAAGAUGCCAAAGAUUUGAUAGAUGCAAAAGAUUUGAAAGAUGCGAAAGAUGAGAAAGAUUUGAAAGAUGCAAAAGAUGGGAGAGGAGAAAAGGACUUAAAAGGAGACGUUGCAAAAAAUGAACUUGUGGAAUGUGCAUCCAAUAUGUUAAAAGAAUACAAUUUUAGUAAUUAUAAUUAUCCAGGUGUCAGUUUACAAAAUGCCUUAUGGGCAUCAAGCAAAAAUAGUUUAAGUAAUAUAAUAAAUAUAAGAAAAGAUUCAAGUUCUAUAUUAUUGAAUAGAUUAAGAAAUAAAAGGAGUCUAACAUCUAAAGAUGAUUUCAAUGUAUUAACAAGUAGUUUUAUGAAUGCUAAAAAAGAUGCCAAAAAAAAUGAUAAUGAUAUUAAUAAGAAAAUACAUGUUCUUCUAAAAGAAAAAUCUAGUAUUUUUAAAAAUGAAAAAAAAAAAUUAUGUAAGAAAGGAAGUAAGUGUUAUUCUAAUGACAAAGAAUAUAUUACUAAAUAUUUUAUGAAUUUAUAUUUAUCUGAAGAUAAGUUAAAUAAAAUGAUCGAUUCUUUAGAAACUAGAUAUAUCAUCAGAAAUAAUAUUAUGGAAGGAAAUAUUAUAAAUGUAUUGAAUAUAUUAGAAGAGGAAUAUUCAGAAAUGUUUACGAAUGAACAAGCUAUAUUUAACAUAGCCAUGUUAUAUACACAACAAUUAAUAGAAAUAUUGAAACCAAAUAAAAAAUAUAUAAAGUCUUUAUCAUUAAGAAAAAGAGAAAGUGAUAAAAAUAAAAAUAGAGAAAUUUGUAAUAAUUGUGAACUAGGAAAAAACAAAUAUAAUGAUAGUUUAUGUAGUGAUAGUAGUUAUAAAACAUAUAACACUUUAAGUGAUAAUCAUUUUUAUGAUGAUAUAAAAACCGAAUACAAUUCUUCAGAUAGUUUAUUCUGUGAUGAAGAAUUAUCAUUUGUUGAUAAAAAAAAUAAUGUAAUAAUAUCAAAACUAGAAAAAGUAUAUAAUGGAGAAUAUAAAAAAAAUAAAAAAAAUCACAAAAUGAAACAUAAUAAUGAUAAAAAAGAAUAUGGAAAUGAUAAUAAAAAAUUAAAUGAUGGUGAAAAACAUAAUAUAAAUGACAUGAAUAAUAAUGUAAAUAAUGGUAAUAAUAAUAUGAAUAUAUUAAACAAUAACUCAAAAAACACAAAAGGAGAUAUGAAUGAUAUGGUAUCAUCUAAUACACUAAAUAUACAUACAACAAACGAUAAAGAAAAUAACAUAAUAAAAGAAGAAAAUAUAGGAGAAAACAACAUAGAUUCCUAUAAUAAAGAUAAAAAAAAUGAAUUACAUAAUGAAGAUUUUUUAAAAGAAAAGAAAAUGGAACAAAUUAUAUAUCAAAAUAUUUGUUCGAAUUAUGACGAAAAUUUUUCUAGAACAAAUAAUUUGCAGGAAGAUUACAAAUCCCAUUUUAAUAAGUUAUUGAAACAAUAUGAAUUUUUUAAUGACGAUAAUCCAUAUAAAAAUAAAUGUAAAAGGAAUAAUUAUAAAAAUACAUACACAGAACAAAAUUAUAUAUCUUCUAGUUCACAUGAAGACAUAUUUUCUGAUUCUGAUAGCAAUGAUUCAAAUUUUAAUGAAAAGUUUUAUGAAUAUAAUGAUAUCAAUUUUGAUCAAAUAUAUCAAUAUAUAUAUAAAAACAAAAUAUCAUCAAACAAUCAACAAUUAAAAUUUAAAAAGGAUCAUAUGUAUUUAGCUCUCUUAUGGAUAAAAGAAAAAUUAUCUUUAUUUAAUAAAUAUAAUUUACUUAAUGUCAGACAGUGUAUUCUAGAUACUACUUCUCUAAUAGCUUAUCAUAAACCAUAUAAAGAGAAAUUAGUUCGUAUGUUCUUUUCUCGAAAUAGAAAUUUAUUAACUUUUAAUUCUAUAAACGAAGGAAUAUUAAAUAUAUGUUUAAACGUUCCCGUCUACUCCCCCAUGGAAAUAAUGGUCAAACACUUGAUUUUAUGCAGGAAUUUAUUACGUGAGAAAAAAGGUAAUAUCGGUAUUAUUUAUGAUUGCAGUUAUGUGUGUCAACCUUAUAAAAGAUACAUGAUAAAAAUAAAAAAUAACAAAAAAAAAAGAAGAUACUUUAAAGAAACAAGUACGAAAUUAAAAAACGAAAAAAAUUCACUAAAUGGAAAACUCAAUGAUGAUAAAAGAUUAUCUAUAUUUCAAUAA